AUGGCGGAGGGCUCAGCAAAAACUGGUGGGGUUGUUGUGACGCGGCGCUGCUGGCUCAAGCAGCAGCAGCAGCAGCAACAGCAGCGCGCUGCUGCUGCAGCAAGGGCAGGAGACUUUCUUUGGGAGGAGACAAAGGAGACAGCGGAAGAGACAAAGAAGAAGAAACACAAAAAGUCAGCAAAGGGGGGCCCCCCAGCUGCUCGCCGGGCCCUCUCCCUGGCAGUUUAG